AUGAAUGAACCGCGCGGUGGCUACCAGCAGCUGCUGGCCUGGCCCUCCUUCCGAGUCGACCUGCCCAACACGCCGCAGCAGAAGCUGCUCAACGAGUUCUCUCUGGGCUACAUGGCAGCAGACAUGCUCUUCUUCCUCCUACCCUUCAAGCCAGACGACCAUGAACACAUACUCCACCACACAAUCUCCUCCAUCUACCUCGUGGGCUGCCUGCUGCACCACCACGGUGCCAUCGGCUGCAUCAUGAUGUUCUUCCUGGCGACGGUCACCUCCCCUGUCUUCAGCGUCUUCACCAUUGCAAAGGAGUUGCGCCACCACAACAAGGCAGCCCACCAGGUCUUCACGUUCACCUCCCUGCUCUUUGCAGUCGCCUUCGUCAGCGUACGCUCCGUGAUGGCACCCCCAGUGGUUGCCUGGUUCGUUUUUACACUCUGGUUCAGGAGCUCGCUCAUCCCCGGCCCCUGGCGUUUCGUCAUGGGAAGCUGUGUGUUGCUGGGCAUGGUGGUAUCUCAGAUUUGGUCUCACCGCCUGCAGCGCAGCUAUGCCAAGCGGCGGCGCCACGCUUCAAGGCUGGCUGGUGGCGGCGUUGCGGCCGGGGAGGUGAAGAAGGCGGACUGUGUGUAG